GGCCCCUUCCUGCGGCGUCUCUGCAUCCGGGGACGGGACGGCGUUCGGCUGCAGGAGCUGGUCUCCGGUGCGUCCCGCGGGUCCGCUCCGCCUGCAGCUGCUUAGGCCCUGCGUAAAAGGAUACAUGUUCACUUCAAGUAGAAGGAAGCAUGUUCCCAAAUUCUUCCAACUUGGGUCGUCCACCCUUCUCUCCAAAAUAUCAACAACAGAGUACUUUUUUCACUAAACUUCCUCUAAAUAUACCUCCUACUGUUCUUUCUCACCAGCAAAUUAUUGUUCCUCCAUUUAAUUUCCGCACUGCAGUUCUUUCUAGAGCUCUUUUGAGUGGAAACAUUGAAGCUACUCCAGCUGUUACUCCAGCUGUUACACUGCAACCAAUGACUUAUGGAAGUGUCAGUCCAGUGUCUACAUCUGAUGCCCUGACGUCAUUUCAAGGAAGAAAGAGACCAAGUCAACAAAGUGUUCCAGAUGAUGCCAAACGGCAGCGGAUUCAUUCACAUGAUUCUGACACAACUGUAGUAAACCAAGCAGUGCCUUUACCAGAAGAACGUAGACACUCCUUUCCAGCAUCAGUUUCAAUUCAGUCUCCGGUGUUGCGUGCACGUGGCUCACCAGCUUUAGUUGGAUGUGUACCUCCUUUGCAAGAUCCUUUGUUUCCACACCCUACGGAAACCGGAUUCCCUGUGGCCAAGGAUGAGUUAAGUCAACAGGUUUUGGAGUUAUUUCAAGCGUGUCGGCAGCAGGCCUCUGAUUUGAACCGAAAAGAGCUCUGCAGAACAGAACUGCAGAAAGAAAUUCAGCUCAUUUUUCCACAGAGCAGACUUUUUUUGGUUGGGUCGUCAUUGAAUGGAUUUGGUGCUCGUACUAGUGAUGGUGAUUUGUGCCUGGUGGUUAAAGAAGAACCAGUGAAUCAGAAGACUGAAGCAAGACGUAUACUCAGCUUAGUCCACAAACUCUUCAGUACUAAACUUUCAAGCUACAUUGAGCGACCUCAGCUGAUCAGAGCAAAAGUGCCAAUAGUGAAAUUCAGGGAUAAAGUCAGCAAUGUGGAUUUCGACUUGAAUGUAAACAAUGUUAUAGGUAUAAGAAAUACAUUCCUUCUGAGAACCUAUGCAUUCAUUGAGAAUCGAGUUCGUCCAUUAGUACUUGUGGUUAAGAAGUGGGCAAGUUUUCAUGAGAUAAAUGAUGCCAGUCGUGGCACUUUAAACAGCUAUAGUCUUGUGUUGAUGGUUUUGCACUAUUUACAGACCUUACCUGAACCCAUCCUUCCAUCCCUCCAAAAAAACUACCCAGAAUGUUUCGAUCCUACUAUGCAGUUGCAUCUUGUUCAUCAAGCUCCACGUACCAUUCCUCCUUACAUCUCAAAAAAUGGAUCAAGCCUUGGAGAUUUGCUACUAGGCUUCUUCAAAUAUUAUGCCACAGAAUUUGAUUGGAGCCAGCAGAUGAUUUCAGUUCGUGAGGCCAAGGCUAUUCCAAGACCUGAUGGUAUUGAAUGGAGAAACAAAUUUAUUUGUGUAGAAGAGCCCUUUGAUAGGACAAAUACUGCUAGAGCUGUACAUGAGAAACAGAAGUUUGAUAUAAUUAGAGGGGAAUUUGCACAGGCUUGGCGGUCAUUACGAGACAAGAAGGACCUGAACUGUAUAUUACCUGUAAAAACAGCCAAACAGAAAAGAUAACCAGCUUCUUUAAUUUUUCCUUUUUUUUUGGAUCCUGCUGAAAUAAAGAACAGUGUCAAAAUCAGGAGGCACAUACCCCAUGGUUUCUAUGACCUGUUUUUGUCUGUAAACUUUUGUUAAGGAAAUGUUUAUAAAGAUGUGGCAUAUUUUAUUAUUGAUAUUUGUUAAUACAGUUGUUCAUUCAAAGAUAUGUUUUCUGAAAAUGCUUGUAUUGUUGACUUCUAGAAGACACAGCAAACAACAAGAAUACAUCUAUUCUAAAGAAAUUAUGGGGAUAUACUGACUUGUUGCUUGCAUGAUCUAUGUAACCAUUAAUUCAGGUGGAUUUAACCAUGAAACAUAGACAUUCAGAGAAAUCGUAUGCAAAUUGUGACUACGUCCUUAAGGUACUGUGCACUGCUAAGUUCCUGAUGAACAGGGAGCCUGUGCUUUACAUCCACCUAAUUGCAAUAAGAACUUGUGCAUAACCUGACACUUUCUAGUUUUAUUUCACUUUUAUUUGGAAUAAUAAGCAACUGUUUAUGAAAAUGAAACUAGAUUAUGGUUGGUAGUAUUCUGAAUAUCAGGAACUGUAAUCUAAACUGGAAUUUUCAACAACAGUUGUACUAUGAAGAAAAUGAAAUAAAAAAGCUUAGUUCAAUGCACAUAAAUGCUUCACAUUCACUCAGAGUAGGCAGGAAAAUUUUUAGUGCUUCCUUUUAUGUAUUUGAGGUAGUAUUGAUGUCUGCUCUGGAGAAAAAGACCAAAUCAAAAUCAAAACACCUCACAUCAGUGCUAAAAUAAGUUGGACUUCUCAUUUGAUUUUGUGUAAAUGUUUGUAAAUUGAUUAGGCACUGUAAAUUGAAUCCAAAUAAGUAAUAAUGAAAAUUAUAGCUCUUCCAAAAAAAUUGCAAGCCUUCUCUUAGACUUCCUCUAGCACAAUUUGUGCCUCUCGUAUAUUUGUUAUUGAAGACCAAUUAAUUUUUAACACUGUAUUUACCACUGAUGUCAAAUUCAUACUUCCAUUUUUUUAAGUUAAAUAUUUUAUAUGGUAUCCAGUGAAAUAAAGUUUAUGUAUGGAGGAUACGGGUUAUUUUUCCAAUUUCUGUUAUUUUGUAUUGCACAUUUAAAAUAUUUCCUAUAAUUAAAUAGAAUGGGAAAUACCCCAUGAGGUAAAAUCCUUGUAGCAAUUCAUAAAGAUUUAUCAUGGCUAUUCURCAGUACAUCUAUGAAUAGGCAAAAUUUUUAUUUAUUGCACUCUCUAACAAUAUUGUGAAAACCCUUAUAACUGUAAAAUAACAAUUAUUACUUCUUGUGCAAACUUUUAAGUUCUAUUUAUUUAGAAGUUCUAGGUAUUGCAAACUGUAUGCCUGAUAUAAGAUUACUUCCUACACACUUCAUCAUAGUCUAGUUUACAUAGAAUUUUGACUUGUUUCUGCAACUGACUUUUCUUCGGCAAUUUAAACAGUCUUUAAGUUUUAAUGACUCUAGCAGUGCACUGAAAUAUUCUUCCUCCAUGUGUAUGUUCACUCUCACUGCCCUUCUCCUAUAGGAUGGUGGACUUGGGUGUCAGUGAUAUCAUUAACUUUGAUUCACUUUAUGUAAAACUGAAGCACAAAACUUUAGGACAGGAGGAUGUCUGGAUUUGGAGAUUCUCUACAAGCACUAGGUAGAUUCUGGGGAGAAAGGGUUUUGGCUAUAUCUUCUUUAAAAAGGUGCUGGCUCUGUCUUUGUGUAGAAAAUUUAAAACUUUCACAGCCUAGAAUAGAAAUAUAUGUUUAAAGUUAGUAAAAAUAUAUUUUAAGUGAGCUGAAUGUGAGGAACAAAACUUCAUGAAAGGCAUAAAGCUUUCUUAUGAGUUUGCAUUUCAUCAUCUAAUAUGUCAACAUUUCUUACACCUUAAAUUAAUGCUUCAUGUUUAAAACCACUUCUUCCUAAAAGUUCUUAAAAAGUUAGYUGAAGAAAUUGUGUUACCUCUGAGCAACUCUGUGAAAAUCGCCCUUCCAAUUCAGUGGUAUUUUUAAUACAAAUUAAGGUCUGUAACCCCAACAGUCUGUGUGUUUCAAAAGAAUCUUUUAGUGUUGUUUUCUGAAGUUUAUAUCCUUCUGAGAAGCCACAUCUAUAAUCAGAAAUAGAAAUGAUAGAUGGUAGUUUUCCCCAAUUGUUUUGGAAGAAGCCUGUUUAUAGCAUGUUUGUCGAAUUGUGGGCUGCACCUUCUGUUAGAAAACUUUAGAUAUAGUACCACAAAAGAAAUGGUUUGGGGAGAUUGGGUAGGAGCUGAACUUUGACUUUGGAUUCAGUUCUGCAUAGUCUGAAGUUGUUAAGAGGUUUAAUGACCUGGGUUUUUAUCUACUCUGGACAAGUACCAGAGUGAAAAAUUCACUAAUGGCUAUCAUAAAAUUUAGCGUUAGGGUGAAGCUUUCACCUUCCCUCAGCUUCAAAAUGAAAACUUUUACCUGCUUAUCCUUUGGCAUACACCCUAACAAGAACACGGUUUUUUUUGAGAGAUGUUUGGUAAAAGGUAUUUUUCACAAUUGACCAAGGUUUCAGUGUGUGUGCUAGAUGCUCUGUUCUCUGGGAUUUGGUACUGCCUUGAAAUAAACUGCUUUAGUUAAUUUUUUUUUAUUAUCCUUGACUACUCUUUUUGGCAUUUUCUCACUAUAUGUAUCAGAAACCACUAGUGUCUUCUCUAGGAUUUUAAGAACUCUCUUUAGUCCUUCAGGAGUGCUUUUAAUUAACAGGCUCAGAGGUGCACAGUAGGACCAAAUGUUGGCAAGAGCUUUCCAUCUGGUGACAGUAAUGCAGAACUGGCAUAGUCUAUACACUGUGAAACUUAAAGUUUCUCUUCUAGCUCUUGCUCUCACUUGUCCUGAAAUGUGAAUGUGUACAUGAACUUUAAAUACCUGUACUUUUGACAGUAUAAGGCGUUAUUUUUUAACAAUCCCUUACAAAGAAAUCAAUAUAAAUCUAUUUUAAGACUCACAUUACAUGGUGACAUGGUURUUUGGGAUGAUCUGUAAAAAAACUGAGGUUAGCGUUUGUGAAUACAUUUGUGAAUCUCAAUUGUUUAUUUGGAACUAGUGCUUUACUUGAACUUGGGUUACCGGACUAAAUUAAUAGUAUAUUUGAUGUUAAAUUUCAGUCCAUCAGARAAUGCAACUCUUGAUUUAUUGUAUGCUACUUGCUAUGGGUUGUCUUGUAUUUUGUAGUUUAUUUUUGUUUGCCUUGUUCUUUGUAAUCCUUGUGUGUUCCAGAUAUAAAUCUUUCCCUUGGUUUUACUGAGUAUGAUGCUUGUAGGAAGAACRUGAAAGAAUGUGUGAUUUUGGUCCAUUUAUAGUCAAAUUCACCUGUGCGAAGUACAGAUGGGAGAGCAUUAGAUCUGGAAAUAAUUUGAGGGGUUUCUGGUUWAAAAAUACUUGCCUUUCUUUUCCUGUGCUGGAGACUGAAUCAAAACUUGUGUGAYGUAUGUGUGUUUCAUAUAUAAACAUUUCUAGAAGACUUGUAAUUCUCUUGCCUUCCAUAUGUAAAAAUAAGAAGUACUCUUCCCUAAAUUUCAUUUUACUGUGUACACUGUCUAUGCUCAUGAUGAAAUGUAGAGUCUAAUUUAGCUUAAUAUGUGUUUCAAAUACACUUUUCAAAAAAAAUCCAUUGUCACCUUGUAAAUUGUGUAUGUCACUGGGUAGGUCGAGAGAGCAGAAACAUUUGCUUUACCUGUGCAUACUCUUUUGGAAUGUCAGGAGAUUUUUAAUUUAGCAUGCAGAGGUAGCCUGUGGUCAGAAAUACAUGGUUGGGUGUGUCUAUAGUGACAGCACAAGGAGRAGUUUGCUGACUGAUUUAUAACCAGCUCUUUAUUUGAUGAACAAAGAAAAAAAAGCUAGGAGCAUUAGAGUUAUACUGUGUAUACAGUCAUUUAUGGCUGAGAUAUCCUKCAAGUUCUUAAUUCAGAAUCAGGGGUUUAGUGCUUUUCCUUCUCUUCUAAAAAUACUUUAUUUAAAAUAAAGUCAAUAAUUUCACGAGUACAGAUUGGAAGUAUUUCCAUUUUGUCUGUGAAAAGCAUUGCAUUUUGUGUAAAAUGCAGAAUAAUAAAGGGUAAAUGUGACUUAACCUAAACUCUGCAUACUAGUAUAGUUUGUCUUUGCUUUAAACUAAAAUUGGUUCAAGUCUGCUCAAAUAGGAAGUUUUAAAUGUCCUGUGAUUUAACACAUUGACAAAUUGGGGGUGUAAAUACAUU